AUGCCGACACUGCUCCCGUGCGGUCCAGUCAAUGGCUCGUGGCAGAUCCCCGAUCGUUACAAGGUGGGCAAGGUCAUUGGCUCGGGCUCCUACGGAACGGUAUGCGAGGCAUGGGAUCACGAGAACGACAGAAAAGUAGCCAUCAAGCGCAUGAAGCACUUGUUCGACGACCUAGUAGAUUGCAAGCGCAUCCUGCGAGAGAUCGCUAUCUUGAGCCAGCUGGACCACCCGAACAUCGUGAAACUGCACGACAUUGUUCAGCCGUCCAACAUGCGCAGCUUUGACGAGUUGUACAUAGUGAUGGAGCUGUGCGAUCUGGAUCUGAAGAAGCUAAUCAAGCAGGACAUCACGCUCGGGCAGGAACAGAUUGACACUCUGCUCUAUAACCUGCUCAUUGGAGUCAUAUCUGCACUCGGCAGGCAUCUACCACAGAGACCUCAAGCCAGCUAA